GUGUGUUGUUUGUUAACUUGAUUUGUGUAUAAUUUAAUAAGUAACAAGUUUAGUUAGUUAAACACAUAUUUAGAAUAAUAUCCCGAUCGAGUUAUUAUAGUACUGAAGCUUAUGUUACAAAUAUGGCUAAUCGAAAUUGGGGGUUUUGCGACUUAUCACUCGACAAAAGCUUUGACCUAUCAAAGCUACAUGUAAUGGAAAAAUUUGGGUACAAUACUAUCGCCAUCAAUACAGUAGUAGAGGAAGCAAGUGAAGAGCCCAAAAAGAAGAAAAAGAAGGGUGAAGUGAAAGAGAAAAAAGAUUUUAUACCUGCACCAAUAGAAAUACCCAAGGAAAUAACUGAUAAGACUAAACUCAAUAUUCUACAAAGAAUCACAAUACACUUUUCAGAUUCAGGUAUCGCACACAAAAUAAAUAAUUCAGAAAAUAUCAAGAAGUAUGAUAUUGUGGCAGUAGUUCCCAAAACUUUGCAAGCAUUCCAAUAUGCGUCUGGAACCAUGGAUGUAGAUAUAAUAACGUUUGAACCUGAAUCACGGAUCUCCUUCAAAGUGAGCAGAAAGCUGUACAGACAAGCUGGGGAAAGGGACGUGUUCUUUGAAUUAAUGUAUUCGCCUGCCAUAAGAGACACUACUUGUAGGAAAAAUAUUAUAAGCACAGCUCACAUCUAUCACGCGGUUGGGAAAUCUAAAAACAUAAUUAUUACCAGUGCUGCUGAAAAUGACAUGCAUGUCAGGGAUGUACAUGAUGUUAUAAACCUGGGUUUCAUUUUAGGACUUAACAGUAAUGAGAGUUUAGAAGCAGUCAGAAAUAACACUAGAAGACUUAUUAUAAAGGCAGAAGGCAGAAGAUGCGGUAAACACUACAUGACUGUAACCACUCUGAGUGAAACUAACAAUCAAAGUAUAGAUCAAGUUUAAUUUGUUGUUAUUUACAAAUAAUAAAAAUCUUACAAUAUCAUA